AUGCUCGACACCCUUCCAGAUGACGUUCUACUCAUAAUAGUCGUCCAUCUAGAUACCGCAAGGGAUAUCCGUGCCCUCCUCCUGGCAAACAGACGUCUCGCAUCCCUGAUCAGAGCAGACAACGAGAGCGGCUGGCGUGCUUUCGUCCGCUCCCGGUUCCCAUCAACGCCCAUCCCCUUCGUGCCCUCACCCACCUCACCCACCUAUCCGAAAUGGGCUGAGAUAGCGAGCUCACUGACCUGGCAAUCCCGUGCCUGGGAGCGCCGCUCGCUUGCUUUCCAGGCCAUGCUGCCAGAAGCCAGUCUCAACCAGGGCAGAGGUCCGCGACGCCGCCAGGCGACUCCGUAUCAUCCUGUCCUGGAUGCCCACUUUGACUUUGCGGCAAGGGAGGAGCUAGUCGUCUGGGGCGCUGGCGAGAACUUUGUUGCGAGGAGGCGAAGGUUAGGGCGAAAAGGCGGCUGCCCGGAGCAGGUCACAUGGCAUCGGCUGGAUGGGAAAGACCAGGGCUACUCCGCUGGUCCUGAUGAUAUCAAGGCCGUCGCGGUUGUGGAGGAUGUUGUCGAUGGCUUAGGAGCUCUGGUCGGCAGAGACAAUGGCCAUCUUGUCCUGCUGGAUCUGAGCGAGAAGGGCUUCGGCGAGAAGAUGGCCGAUUUCAGCCCCGAAUUCACCACCAUCGAUGGGACCGAAGAAGUCGGCCCAACCACACGGUUCAGCCAGGCCACCAUCAAUUCUAUCGACGUGCUUCCUCGGAAAAGGCUUGUGGCUGCUGCUACAAAGGCUGGGGUGCAACUGUACCGUCUCCCUGAAGCAUCCGGGGUCAACGUCGAGCCCUCCGCCUAUCUUGACCUGACGACCGAUCACUUCGAUGUGCCAAGCAUGACCCUGGGGUACGCACGGUGGAUGGGGGAAGACACGAUGGCCUUUGCCUUGCAAGGCUGUCAGCACCAACUCAGAUACGCCACGAUCACUCCUACCGGGAUCGAGACCUUGUCCCCUUACAAGAACCCUGCCCUGGAGGACCGAUUUGACAUCAGCUAUGGUAAGGGCAGGUUGUGCACCCAUUCGUUGACCCCGAUCGACGCCUCAUCCAUCACCGGCGGGAACGCCAACCUGCUCCUGACCGCCUGGCGCGACGGCUCGGUGAGGCUGCAGGAUCUACGCACACAGUCACCCUCCGACCUCGUGUACUGUGACAACAUUGACCCAUGGUCCGAGUUCGAGUCACUCCUGCCCUUCGGCACGGGCCACUUCGUCGCCGGCGGCGCCCACGGCGCAACCAUCAAGGUCUUCGACUUCCGCUGGUCCAAGGACUACUACCACACCGCGGCGCUGCCGUGCAGCGGCGAGCGGCCUUUCCCGAAGCCCAUCCAGCCGUUCCUCCAGGCCCCAGGCCUCCCCGCCAAACCGCGGCCGCAGUGCCAGGCCCGGCCAACAGGCAGCCGGUGCACAUGGCACGAGCUGUCGCGGGACCAGUACUACCGCCCGAACGGCACCUUUUUCUUCUCCAAAUCCCUGCCCCGAAAGGAUGCCUACGCGGGCGUGUGGAGCAUGGCCCGGUCGUCGCCCCUCGCACCCAACUUCUACAUCGGCAUCUCGGGCGGCGUGGUCGAGGCCAGCCUCUCCGCAACGCUGGGAGGUCUUGCCGGCGGCGCCACGGAAGCCGACACUGUGUUCGGCUCCACGAUGGGGGGCCAGGACUCGGGCGCGGGAUACUCGACCUUGCCGCUGGAGGCGAGCCUGAUGGAGACGGGCGACGGUAUGAUGUACAGGGAGAACGACCGGACCGUGAGGAUGCCGCCGAUGAGGGGCAAAGGGUGGAACAAGCUCAGGAGGGACGAGUAUGAGGACAUACCGUUGGAACUUAGGGCGAGGCACCGGCUGGACGAGCGAUACCAGAUCAUGAGCGACUUCGUUGGCGAUGUGGACCCGCGUCGGGCAAAGGAGAGGUGGUGA